AUGAGGUUUCAGGUUUACAAUGGUACUGCGGCUCCUUAUAUAAAUCCUCUUGCCCCAGUGCACAUCGUUUCGGGAUCAGCUGGAUGUCGUGAGAAUACGGAUACCUUCAUCACCAACCCUGGACCAUGGAGUGCCAAUCGAUCUACGGACUAUGGUUUUGGUCUUCUAAGGAUACACAAUGCCACUCACAUCCACUUCAGACAAGUAGCUGCAUCUAAGGAUGAAGUCCAAGAUGACUUCUGGAUAGAGAAACAUCCAAAGCAUUCUUACAAACAUGAACAUCGCAGAAGACGUCACAAGGCCACGUACGUGCCGAUGUCUUACUGUAAUGGAAAGGACAAAUGGCGGAACCAUGAAUCCAAAUACCCAAUUUCCUCGAUCUCGAUUAGGCAGUAA